GGCUACUUACUGAAAAUGAGCCAACCUGGCUGGGUGUGGAGGAAAGGACUACUUACUGAAAAUGAGCCAACCAGGCUGGUUGUGGAGGAAAUGUCUACUUACUGAAAAUGAGCCGACCUGGCUGGUUGUGGAGGAAAGGGCUACUUACUGAAAAUGAGCCGACCUGGCUGGUUGUGGAGGAAAGGACUACUUACUGAAAAUGAGCCGACCUGGCUGGUUGUGGAGGAAAGGGCUACUUACUGAAAAUGAGCCGACCUGGCUGGUUGUGGAGGAAAGGGCUACUUACUGAAAAUGAGCCAACCUGGCUGGGUGUGGAGGAAAGGACUACUUACUGAAAAUGAGCCAACCUGGCUGGUUGUGGAGGAAAGGUCUACUUACUGAAAAUGAGCCGACCUGGCUGGUUGUGGAGGAAAGGGCUACUUACUGAAAAUGAGCCGACCUGGCUGGUUGUGGAGGAAAGGGCUACUUACUGAAAAUGAGUCGACCUGGCUGGUUGUGGAGGAAAGGGCUACAUACUGAAAAUGAGCCGACCUGGCUGGUUGUGGAGGAAAGGGCUACUUACUGAAAAUGAGGCGACCUGGCUGGUUGUGGAGGAAAGGGCUACUUACUGAAAAUGAGCCGACCUGGCUGGUUGUGGAGGAAAGGGCUACUUACUGGAAAUGAGCCGACCUGGCUGGGCGUGGAGGAAAGAUAGACAGACAGAGUGAAACUCUCUUUAAUAUGCUAGUAAUGUAACUGUCUUUAAUAAAGACGGUUUGAUGGAUCUACUUACCAGAAUUAUAAAUAAAAGUGACACAAAGUUAUUUUGAAGUGGAACACGUAUGAGACGUUAGGUAUACCGAGGCUUAUGGACUUUCUCUUCUUCUCUUACCGCUGCUGUAGACUAACUAAUGAAGAACAGGCUAGUCAGGUUAUUCUGUUGUAAACCUGAGACCAGGUUACCAUAUGAAUGACUGACUGACUUCUGGCUUGCCUAGAUAGGAUGAACCCUGGUUAAACCAGAGAAGGGAGACAAUGGUGAGCUCAGCAUUCAGGCUGGUUCAAAUAGGCUGAAUAAAAGAUUUUAGUGUCAGAUGGAGGGUCAACUCAUCUGCAGGUCAGAACAGAGAGAAACAGAGGAUUAGGAUAAAGCCGGUUGUGAAAACAAACACUAAGCAAUAAUCGAUUGAUGGCUUUUCAAUUGAAAAGGAGGAACCUAAAUGCCCUGUGAAUGCUAUCAGAAUGUCUUUGUUUUCAUCAUCUUAAAAAUUCAACAGAAAUAAAAAGAUAGAAUGCAUUUGUCAACAGUUUAUAAAACGUUGUUUUUGAGAUAUUUUGACUUUUUUUGUGCUAAUUUUCUUUGGAAACAAUCGUUAUCAAGUCUCCGUCAGUCCUAUAAGAUGUUUCUGUUUAUUGGUUCAACAGAUGUACAUCAGAGGGAAGCUGCUGUUCGCUGACUACAUCUUCAACGGCUACAGCUGCUCAGUGAGGGACCUCCACAAGCAGAUCUCUAAAACUAGAGGGGACUACAGACAGGGCCAGAGCCUGCCCUCAGACUACAAGUUCAGUGCCCAGGUUAAGAGUCCAGCAGUAGGGAACCCACCUGGCCAUCAGGGAGCUCAGAAGGUCCCUGAUGGACGAGGAGACAUCUCUCGUGGAACACCUGCCCUGUUAGAGAAGGGAAAAGUCCCAAACCAGUGAGCGGAAAUUGACUCCGGGACCUGUGACAUCAUCGGUCACGUUAAAGAGAGACACCGCUCAUGCUAAAAAGCCAAAAAGACUUCUGCUGCAUCCUCACUGCCCGGUACUCACCACACUGAACAAAGGUCAGCUCCUAUCAGAGCUACAAUGUAAGAUCCUUUCUGGUGUCACAAGUCAUCAGGAGACACUGGAGAAAAACCUCAUCAGAGCUGGGCUAGCUGGCUGGAGACAGACAGUCUGCUGGGAGAGAGGCACUAAGUCUAAUAUUAGGUGCACUACACUGGAAAUGUAAUGGGAGAUCUGUAUUACAUCUAUAACUGUCUUGCACACGUCUUGUUUGACUGAAUUGAAUUCAACGAAGCAAUGCUCCACAUACUGUAAAUCAUAGCACUUUAUAGAACUCAGUUGCAUCAUGGAAGAUCUUCCUUAUUUUUCUACGGUCUACAAAUAAAGUCUGUUGUCAAUAUGUGGACUGUUGUUUCCAUAUUAUCUGUCUUCAUAUCCUCCAGGACAAAUAAAAACUGUUUCAAAGUGAAAAACUAGAACAAAA